AGUAUCUCUGAAGACUGUUUGGGUUAGGUUACGGAGCUCCAUUCAUAGCCUUCAAUCGCCUCUCACGCUGCUAUGAUGAGGCCUAUAUUUUGUGGAAACUUUGAGUAUGAUGCACGUCAAUCUGAUCUGGAAAGACUUUUCAGAAGAUAUGGCAAAGUUGAUAGAGUGGAUAUGAAGUCCGGUAAGUAUUCAAAGUCUCUUUAUGUUCCUUUGUUGACUAUUGCAACCAAGCAGUGGGUUUGUUUAAUGGUUUUAAUGGCUAUUGUUAUUGCUUUGUAUAAUUUGCUUCAAAUUUUGUUUCUUCAGUUGAUUUUUAAUAAACAGGGCUCAGUUACUGCAUUUUUUUUUAAUUGUAGAAAAUGACUGUAUAAAUCAUUGUUUGUAGAUAAGUUGAAUUGUUAUGGGCUUUAAUUAACAAGUGUUUUGGUUCCAGAAAUUUUACAUGAUUGAAUUUCUUUAUGAAAUAGCAAGUCGGAAUAAAUAUUUACUUUCUUAAUAGUAAUGAUUUAGUUUGGCAUUUGAAUUUAAUUUAUCCUUACAAUGAAGGAAGAGGCAGAAUGCUGUGAGUUGGAUAGAGUAUGAAGUUGACUUUCUCCAUUAUUAUAUAUUCUAUAGGCAGAUGUUUAUGAAAUUUGUAGUCUAUUUUUAACUUAGUGUGUUAAGUAAAUUUGUUCAUCAUAGUGGAAUUAAAAUUGCCUAUAUGCUUGUACUCUGUCAUAGUAUUCUGUAUAUGAAAGGAUGUGAAUAAUUUGGUACCACACGCAUAAGUAAAGGACAGUUUAGUCCAGCAUUUGCAAGGAACUUCAGUUGGUCCAAUUCAUGAAGUGGCAGCUCCUCACAUUACCUGCAGCAGUACCUCAGAAUACGUGAUCAAAAAGAACAACCAUCCCUUGUUGAGUUCCAGUGGGGGUUUGAGGAUAUGUUUGAGAAAAAACAUCUUUUUUGAAACAUGAACCCCCAUACUCAACAUUUUCUUUGGCGCAGGAUUUUCUUGGGGUAUCUAUACUCCCGGCUAAUGGAUGCACUCCUCAGAAUUCCAUUUCCUGCCUGUGACGAGCUUCCUCUUCUUGUUUACAAGAAGAGUCACACUCAUCUGCAAUGGCACAACCAUACCACAUUUUUCUCAUUGCCUUUUCAUUACUCAUGACUUUUGCCCGGCCUUCAAUUUCAGACAUGUUUCAACAUAGAAACAUUGCCGACCUCACAACAGAGGCAUCAGAAUAGAUGAAGAAGGCUCUCUAUAUUCAUUGACCUACCAUGAGACAUCCACUUUUGGAAUCUUGUUCCUUGACAUCACUUAGUUCAUCACACAAGGGUUUGCUUUUAUAUAUAUGGAAGAUGAGAGAGAUGCAGAAGAUGCAAUUCGAGGGCUUGAUCGGACUGAGUUUGGACGCAAGGGUCGCAGACUUCGUGUUGAAUGGACAAAGCAUGAACGUGGUAUUAGAAGACCAGGUGGUUCAAGAAGACCUUCUUCAAAUACAAGACCUUCCAAGACCUUAUUUGUCAUCAAUUUUGAUCCAUACCAUACCCGGACUAGGGACUUAGAAAGACACUUUGAGCCGUAUGGAAAGAUAGUGAGUGUAAGGAUCAGAAGGAAUUUUGCAUUUGUUCAAUAUGAAGCACAGGAGGAUGCUACCAGGGCAUUGGAUGCUACAAAUAUGGGCAAGUUGAUGGAUCGGGUUAUAUCAGUUGAGUAUGCAGCUCGUGAUGAUGAUGAUAGGAAGAAUGGAUAUAGUCCUGAUAGGAGUCGCGACAGGUCACCUGAUAGGGGCAGAAGGAGAUCACCAAGCCCUUACCGAAGAGAGAGGGGAAGCCCUGAUUAUGGUCGUGGAUCUAGCCGCAGUCCUUAUCGGAGAGAAAGGGCAAGCCCUGAUUAUGGUCGUGUUCGCAGCCCGAGUCCAUAUAAGAGAGAUCGUGGCAGCCCUGACCAUGGACGGGUUACUAGCCGCAGUCCUUAUAGAAAACAGAGGGCUGGUGCUGACCAUGGUCGUGGCCCUAGCCGUAGUCCCUACCGAAGAGAGAGAGCUAGCCCUGAAAACGGCCAUGGAUCUAGCCGCAGUCCAUAUCGGAGAGAGAAGCCAAGCCCUGACAAUGGUCAUGGGCCCAACCGCAGUCCAUAUGGGAGAGAGAGGUCUAGUCUAGACAAUGGUCGGCAAGCCAGUGGAAGCCCUUAUGAGAGAGAAGGUAGUCCUGAUCACGGUCGUGGCCCCAGCCCAAAUUCUAUACAUGAAGCUAGGGAUAGCCCUAAUUUUGGUGGAGCUGAGAGCCCUGACAAUGACAGAUACCGCAGUCGUUCACCCCCAGCUGAUGACUGAAGAUGAUCUUUGAUAGCCGGAAGGCAGUAGCAGUUGUGUGGAAUCUGUUCCCAUUUAAAAUCCAAUAUGCACUGCCCUCUAAUGACGACUGUGCUGAAGUAAAAUCAAAAUGUCUGCCCAUGAACCCCUGAUGUUGUUUUAGUUCUUAGUUUAUUACUUCUGUUUUAGCUAAAAACCAAUGGAUCUUUUAUUUCUGGCAAUGAACAGUUGAGCCCCGACUUUAUGGAGCAUGAUUCAU